AUGGCAUUCUCUGCUGGUGCUCUCUCUCACAACUCUUUCUCAUGCCUCUCUUCAUUCCCACAAUCCUUAACAAGAAGAAACCAUCUUCGGUUUUCAUCAAUUACACUCAUAAAAGCUGCUGUUGAACCUGAAAAAGAAAAGGCUGCCACUUCUACUGCUACUACUGCUACUACACAGACCAAAAAAGCUGAAGGGUCUAGCAAUGCUCAACCUCAAAGCACAGCUACUAAGCCAUUUUCCAAAAAGCCUGUGCAUUCCAUGAAGAAAGGUCAGAUUGUGAGGGUGGACAAAGAUAAGUAUCUCAACAGUAUUAAUUAUCUACCUGUAGGGCAUCCCCCCUAUUACAAAGGCUUGGACUACAUACACGAAGACCGUGGUGAGGUCCUGGAUCUACGUAUUUUUGAGACCGGAGAAUAUGCACUAGUUGCAUGGGUUGGCAUCCCAACAGCACCUGCUUGGCUUCCCACGGACAUGCUUAUCAAGUCUGAGAAGCUCAACUAUGAGAGAUUGUGA